GGCGUCUGGCUUUCCAUGAUGUGGGAGCUCCUCUAUCAGUUUAUAGAGAGAUCGAGCUAUCGACCAAUCGUCAUGGUCGUACGCUGGCUUAUGACGGCAGGAACUGGCAAGAUAUUUAUGACCUUUUCGCUAUCUUCACGCGAACAUGACGAUCUUGUUGUUGAAAAGAGGGGCGCACAUGUGCGGUACUUUGUUCAAAAGCCCAAUGCCGAUGAGAUUGCUGUGACGUAG